AUGGAUGCCAAGACGCGCCUGAACCAGUUUUGCCAGAGGUACUGCCUGCGGCCCGUAACGCGGAAGGACAUUUUGUACUCCACGACCCGCUUUGGGAACAAGCAGUAUCAGUCCAUUGUCCGGCUCAACUGCCUCGAUGGGCAGGAGUACGCAGGGGAGCUCAGCGAGACCCCCAAGGACGCCGAGAAGUCUGCGGCGCAGCAGGCGCUGAAGGCGUUUUCCACGGUCAUCAGCUCGCUGCCCCCCAUGAAGCCAGCGAAGAAGAAGAAGUCGGGUGAUGGAGAGGACAAGGCAGGGCCAUCAGAUGCAGAGAACCCGGCUCUCACGGACAAGGUCAAGCUGAAUGCCUUGUGCAUGAGGAUCGCAAAGCGUCCUUUGCAGAAAGGCGAGACCGUCUACGAGACGCAGCAGUUGGGCCUUGGAAAGAACCCAACCGGCUAUCAAGCCACCGUUCAGCUGCCGUGCCUGCCUGAGGACUGGGCCAGCAAGCUCUUUGCUGGGCAGGUGUGCCCCAACAAGCAGGCGGCAGAGCAGAGCGCUGCGAGCAUCGCGCUGAAGGCCAUCCAGGAGGAUGCAAAGCUAACUGCCUUAGCCGAGGAGAAGGUGCCAAAGAAGCCAUCCGCAGGCGGCGAAGGCAAGAAGACCAAAGCAAAGGCGUGGAAGAGUGGACCGGACCUCCCGCGGGAGGCGCUUUCGGAGGCACCGCUGGCUGCCAUGGUGCUGGAGUGGAAGGGCUCCUUUGGCUGGGCGCGGGGCUGA